AAAUCUCAAACUAAUAUGUCCCCAGCUAUAUUACAAUAUUGUUGUAUGCUCUAGCUCUGCUGUAGGACAUUUGUGUUGAGAUUUUUGGAGACUUUUGCACAAAUUUCGUUCUUGGCCAUUUUGCUGAGGCAGAAAAGGACGUUGUGGAGUCCCACAGGUCUUCUCCAGGGAGCCUCUCUUCAUCAAAGUCAUCAUGUCUGAUAAGCCGAGGGUGUACCAGGGCGUCCGAGUGAAGACCACGGUCAAAGAGCUGCUCCAGAGGCACAGAGCCCGGGAGGCCAACAGCAAAAAAGUUAAAACGAUAUCCCAGGCUUGCUCCAAUCUCCAGGAUCUCUCCUCUUUUCAAAGUCGCUAUGUGGACCCUCCUCCCACCGCUGCCCCUGUGGACGCGAGCAGCUGUGGAGCGCGAGCCUUCCAGCUGCGCACCGCCCAGUUCCCCGUGCCUGACAGCUCGUGCAACAACCUGAUGCAGCAGAGCACCUUCAACGACAUCCAGGAGCAAUUCGGCGACAUGGUGUUGCCCGGCAACGGCUACAGUGGCAGUAACAACAACAACAAUAACAACAACAACAACCACAGCCCUGACAGCGGCUACAACGCCUUCCUGCCUCCCCAUCCCACCUUCGAGCUGCCGUGGUGCCCUGGACUCUCCUCUGAUGCGGACUACUAUGGCCCUGGGAUGGCUCCCUGCUCCCCACCGGAGUCGCUGAAGCUCUGCAACCCCAUGGAUCACAACAGCUACUCACCGCAGGACUCUUUCUCCUCCUCUUCCUCUUCCUGCUACGACUCACCCACCAGGAUGGAGUCCAGCUACCACAGCUUCCCCUCAGAGCACUACCACUAUCAACACUGCAACCUCCAGGACUGUUACUGCCUGUCCCACUGCUGGCCGGGCCAACAGGAGAGCUUCUCUGCCCCCGAAUAUGCACCUUACUACAACCCCACAGACUAUCCAUACACCUGUCCUGCGGAGGAGAACUAUUAUAAGAGGGAUCUGAUGAGCUCUGAAAUGUGUUACAAUAUACUAUGAUGAGACCGUCGACAGUAUUGUUUGACUUGGACUGUAAAUAUUCUGUUCAAGUAGCCAGUGAGGCUGUUUGCUGUUUGCUUGGAUGGUCCGCUGUGCAUUUCACUGUGUGCUCUGAUUGGCUUUUUGCUUUGGUGGAAUGAUGAAUGCUGAAUGGAUGGAAAGGCUGAUAUUUUUGUAUCGAUGACUCUUAUUUUACUACUAAGAUUUAUUUUCAUACACAUAACUUGUUUCGUUAAAUAAAAAAGUGUUAAAUCAA